CCACAGCUCUAUCUAUCUAUAGUCUCUAUAUCCAAUAUCAAAUCAAAUAUGGAUUCAAAUACAUCAAACUAUCUCCUUAACCAAACACCCCUAAUUGAUCACCCCUUCAUUGACUUGGGACUUAGUCUCAACACUUUCCAUCAUCAUCAUCAUCAUCAUCAUCAUACUUCUGAUGAUUACAAUGAUCUGAUUGACUGGAAUAGUGAGAGGAAGGAAAGGUUGGGCUAUGUGAAGGUGAACAUGGAUGGGAUGAUUGUUGGUAGGAAAAUUUGCAUGCUUGAUCAUGUGGGUUAUUCUAGUCUUGUUCUUCAGCUUGAGGAUAUGUUUGGGCCUCCGGUUCACUCUUUUUGGACAGGAAAACAGAGCAUAUCUGGUAUAAGGUUGUUCCAACCCAACUCAGAAUAUUUCCUAGCUUACAUGGAUAGAGAUCAUGAAAGUUGGAUGGCAGUUGGUGAUCAUGUUCCAUGGAAGGAGUUUGCAUUUCGUGUCAAAAGGCUUCGGAUUGCAAGGAAAAGUUAGCUUUUAGUACUUAGAGGCCUUGUAUCAUCUUGUUGUCUUAUCUUUUUCCGAUAAUAAUGUCUUUAUUGAAUCAUUCAACGAUCUUAUACAUAAUGUCUAAUCUAACUUGACACUCAUGAGCAGUUGCAAUGACAGUGAAGAAACUUGACAGUUACAUAGUUUAUUACAAGGAAACAAGAUUUAACAUA